AUGGAGUCCAGAGGAAAGUCCAGCAGCCCCAAACCAGACGCCAAAGUACCUCAGGCCACUGAGGCCAAGGCCACCCCUGCUGCCGAUGGGAAAGCCCCCUUGACCAAGCCCGUGAAGAAGGAGACCCAAGCAGAAAAGCAGGAGCAACCAGCAGCCCCUGCACCCACCCCUGCCAAGAAGACCUCUGCUAAGGCAGACCCUUCACUUCUCAACAACCACAGCAACCUGAAGCCAGCCCCCACAGCUCCUGUGGCCCCCAGCAGUCCCCAUGCAACCCCAGAGCCUAAGGGUCCUGGAGAUGGGGCAGAGGAGGACAAAUCUGCCAUCCAGGGCCCAGGGGGCCGAGGUUCCUGGCCCUGUGAGAACUUGACCCCCCUGCUGGUGGCUGGCGGUGUGGCUGUGGCAACCAUGGCCCUGAUUCUUGGUGUGGCCUUUCUGGCCCGGAAAAAAUGA